CUACAGUCCAGCAGCCCAAGAUACAAAUUCAACUUCAUAGCAGAUGUGGUGGAAAAGAUUGCACCUGCAGUUGUGCACAUUGAACUCUUCCUCAGGCACCCUCUCUUUGGUCGAAAUGUCCCACUUUCCAGUGGAUCUGGGUUUAUUAUGUCUGAUUCUGGUUUAAUUGUGACCAAUGCCCACGUGGUGUCAAGCACCAAUGCUGUAUCAGGGAGACAACAACUGAAAGUGCAGCUACAGAAUGGAGAUACCUAUGAAGCAACCAUCAAAGACAUUGACAAGAAAUCUGACAUUGCAACAAUAAAAAUUCACCCUAAGAAAAAACUACCAGUAUUGUUACUGGGACACUCUGCUGAUCUGAGGCCAGGAGAAUUUGUGGUGGCAAUUGGAAGUCCAUUUGCCUUACAGAACACUGUGACAACAGGUAUUGUCAGCACUGCUCAGCGAGAUGGCAAAGAGCUCGGCCUGCGGGACUCGGAUAUGGAUUACAUUCAGACAGAUGCUAUUAUCAAUUACGGCAACUCUGGAGGACCUCUAGUUAAUCUGGAUGGUGAAGUGAUUGGGAUUAACACCUUGAAGGUCACAGCUGGAAUUUCUUUUGCUAUUCCUUCAGACCGCAUCACUCAGUUUCUCACAGAGUCACACGACAAACAAAGUAAAGAUGGGAAGAAACGUUUCAUUGGCAUCAGAAUGCUCACAAUAACACCUGCCUUGGUGGAAGAAUUGAAACACAAUAAUGCUGAUUUUCCUGAUGUCAGAAGUGGAAUUUAUGUACAUGAAGUUGUUCCAAACUCACCUUCUCACAGAGGAGGGAUCCAAGAUGGAGACAUUAUUGUUAAAGUCAAUGGGCGUCCUUUGAUGACUUCCAGUGACCUGCAAGAGGCUGUGAUGAAUGAAUCACCUUUACUACUUGAAGUUCGAAGAGGAAAUGAUGACUUGCUAUUUAAUAUUGAGCCUGAAGUUGUCAUGUAAAUAGAAUUGAGGAAGCUCUCACCAUAAUUAAACUCACUUAUUCUGGAACACUAGAUACCUCCUUUACAGCUACAGUAAUUAUACUUCCUGUUGACUAAUGACAAGGUGGACUAACUUAAUUGCCUGAGCCAUUUCUGUACAUAGUAGCUAGAAUGAAUCAAAUUAUGCCAUUUAUAGAAAAUUAACUUUCAAAUAAAUUUAAGAACUGCGUUCUGGGGAGGGAAAGGAGGAAAACAAAUUUUGAGUAGCUGGUAGAAAUGGGCUCUACUUCCAGUUCCUGCAGGUUCAGAGCAGAUUCAUUUCUGCAUUUUGAAAGACCAAAGUACUACUGGAAGUGAGGAAGCAUGCUGAAAGCGGAAAUGAUUCUUUAACUACGGUCAUGGCCACAGCAGAGCCAAGCUAUUGCAAUGCACAAUGGAGCUUUUUUUUUUUUCAUGUGACUUUUCAAAUGUGAACCUAGUAUUGGCAAAGCUUAUAUUUGUUCUUAGUGCUUGUAUGCUACGUGUCAAAGGUAGAUUAAAUCUGUAAAUAUCGAAAGGAACAAAAAUGGUAUCAGGCUAUAGAGUGUUACACCUAGGUCAUGCGAUUUUGGAAUAUAGUAAAUGAUUCUUAUAGAAUUAAUGCCUUGUUAUAUAUAAAUCAAAACGAUGUGCUGAACAAAGUUAAGUUUGAGAAAGUGCACAGUUUUUUAAGAAUUUGAUACAAAUUAGUUUUGCAUUUUACUGGUAAGCUUUGCUGUAAAAUUGUUACACUACUUUUGGCUUGUACUGUGUAUGUUUCUACUGUAAGGAGAUUAAAGUUUACACAAAGAAUGUGUUGGUG